AAAGGAUUAGGCGACACCUCGCCCCGCCCUGCUCGCCUGACCCGCCCCCCUCGCCCUCCCCUGCGGUUUGCGCCGCAGCCUCUCAGUCCCUGCCCGCCGGUUCGCCGCAGGAGCUUUCCCUGAGCUCGUUCUUGGCGCCCACUGACUCUCGCAGCCGCCGUUUAGCCGAGUACCUACUCCGGAGCAGCCGCCGUCGUCGCCGCCGCCGUAGGGAUAUGGUCCUCUGCGUUCAGGGACCUUGUCCUUUGCUGGUUGUGGAACGGAUUGGGCAGCGGCUCCUGUCCCAGUCCUUGGAACUCCCUGAAUCAGUCAUGAAGCCUUUGCCUGCUGGGGCCUUUCUGGAGGAAGUAGCAGAGGAGACCUCAGCCCAGCCAGAGAGUGAGCCCAAAGUAUUGGAUCCUGAGGAGGAUCUGCUGUGCAUAGCCAAGACCUUCUCCUACCUUCGGGAAUCUGGCUGGUAUUGGGGGUCCAUUACAGCCAGUGAGGCCCGACAACACCUGCAGAAGAUGCCAGAGGGCACAUUCCUAGUGCGAGACAGCACCCACCCCAGCUACCUAUUCACACUAUCAGUCAAAACCACUCGCGGCCCCACCAAUGUGCGCAUUGAGUACGCCGACUCCAGUUUCCGCCUGGACUCCAACUGCUUGUCUAGGCCUCGCAUCCUGGCCUUCCCAGAUGUGGUUAGCCUUGUGCAGCAUUAUGUGGCCUCCUGUGCUGCUGACACCAGAAGUGACAGCCCUGAUCCCACUCCCAUCCCAGCCUUGCCUAUGUCUAAGGAAGACACACCUGGUGACCCAGCACUGCCUGCUCCUGUGGCUACUGCUGUGCACCUAAAACUGGUGCAGCCCUUUGUGCGCAGAAGCAAUGCUCGCAGCCUGCAGCACCUCUGCCGCCUUGUCAUCAACCGUCUGGUAGCCGAUGUGGACUGCCUACCACUGCCCCGGCGCAUGGCCGACUACCUCCGACAGUACCCUUUCCAGCUCUGACUGUCUGAUUGGGCCCAGCACCUUACCCAGCUACACUCUGGAAGAGACACCAACCCCAACUGGACUUGGGCUCCCACUGUCCCUGCUGUAGUAAUCUUGGUGCCCAUAUGCAUCUGGCAGCUGGACCAGAAAAAGCCAUCAAGAGCAAAGUGGGGUGGGGAGGAAGUAUCACAAACUUGGAGGUGAGUGCCCUCAGGCCCCAUGUGGCUCCACUGUGGUGAGCCAUGUGUCAAAGAAGAGGGAGGCAGGCAGGACCUUGUCUCACCUUGUGGCUGGGCCCAGGCCUCCACUCACUUCCCUGCCCUGGGCACUUGAACUGUGUGGACACUGUCAGUCCUAGUUUCUCAGUAUGCAGGGUAAGGCAGGCCCCCUCCAGCCAGCUUCUGUUUCUGGGAGGAUGGCAGCCAGAGGAACUGAGGUUGACAGUGACAAUCUCCUUGUUGGGGGGUGGGCAACACUAGGGACUGCACAGUAAUACGGUAUUUAUUUAUUUAUUCUCCUCGAGGUUGGUCUCAGGGGUAAGCCAACCCCACCUCUUUGCUCCGAGACCUGGGUAGUCCAGAGACUCCAACUGUGCCUUGGCUUCUUUGGUUCUUCCCUACAGAAAGCCCCAUCCUGUGACACAUAGCUGGACCCAAGGCAGUCUUGGAUGUCCUGGCACUGACCCAUCCACCUGUGAAUGUGUCUACUCUCUUCUUCCCUCAGACCUGUUUCGGGAGGGUAGGAAAAUGGACAGAAAAAUGAAGCCAGGGACUCAGUCUCCAGCAGAGCCUGUGGCUCACCCCCUCGCUAGGCAAAGCUGUACCUGCACAGAGCUGGCACAAGCCCUGUGUGAGUAUGUGCGCCAAGUAGUAAGGAGGGGUGUUGGCUUGAGGGCUACUGUGACAGCUCUGCUAAGUCUGCUUCCUGCCCAGGAAGGUGCCUCCACACAAAAGAGAGAAAUACAUAUCUGAUAAGUCUUUAUAAAAUAAUUAUUAUAACAAAGAAACCAGUUUGGUAGUCUUUUUUCUUCAACUGAUUUUUCUGUAAUGACAAUAAAAUUAUACCUUUUAAUUAUGGAGCCCUCAGUGAGGCCUCUUUUGAGUUCUGUACACAGUUUAUCCCCUUUGAUCUUGUUGUCCCCUAUUUUACAUCUGGGCUUGCCAGGCCAAAGCCCAGAGCCCUAUGGGGCUGAGCAGUCCCUGCUGAGGAGCUCAUGGAGGAGUAGAGGAAACAGGGAGGAGCCUUUCCCCUCUCAUUCUUGUUGUUCCCCUUGGGAAUAGGAUAGGGGGUAAAGGCCAAUUGGACUGCCUGCAGGGUCAUUGCCCAGGCCACUGCCAAGCAGGGGGUAGUGGCAGAAGAGUUGCAGACCUGAGAGGUAUGUAAACAGGAAAUGCCAACUCAGAAUUGAAAAUGGAGAAUACCAGAAGAGAAGGUGCUGUGGAUUAUUCCUUGGGGCAGUGUAUUUUGAGAUGAGAAUGCCAGUUGUCAGAGAAGUCAGGGCCAGUCCUCCCAGGGAGAAGGUACAGUAAGUGCAAAGGCACUAAAGCAUGACUGAGAGGCUCAUAUUCCUGACAAAAGGAGGCCUGGGGGAGGCUCAUUCUGUGCAGUGGGCAGGGCAAUUGAAUCAGGGAUAGUGGCCAAUAAGCUGGCAAGAUCUAGCCUGGCCCAGGCUGGAUGGGGUUGGGGGACCCUGUCUUCUCAUUCAGGGUCCUGCAAAGCACAAGUGGGUAGAAAAGCAAUUAAAAUGAGAACACCCUCCAUUUGAACACUAGCUGCUGAGUUAUUCCUAUAACCUGAAAUUUUCUGUACUUUUGUUUAAGGGCCUCACAGGAAAGCUCCUCUAAACCAUAGCUUUCUAACCCUUUCUUUGGAAACAGUUCUAAUUUCCCUGUUUUUCUUAACCCUCAGACAAUUAUAAGUAGUGAUUAGAAGAAACAUAUGCUGGCAGCACACAGUGGCUCACGCCUAUAAUCUUGGCAAUCUGGGAGGCCAAGGUGGGAGGAUAGCUUGAGAUCAGGAGUUCAAACCAGCCUGAGUAAGAGUAAGACUCUUUCUACUAAAAAUAGAAAAAUUAGGGCGGCACCUGUGGCUCAAAGGAGUAGGGCGCUGGCCCCAUAUGCCGGAGGUGGCGGGUUCAAGCCCAACCCCGGCCAAAAACUGCAAAAAAAGAUAAAAAAAAUAAAAAUAAAAAUAGAAAAAUUAUCCGGGCACAGUGGCUCAUGCCUGUAAUCCUAGCUCUCUGGGAGGCCAAGGUGGGUGGAUUGCCUGAGCUCAUGGUUCAAGACCAGCCUGAGCCAGAGUAAAACCUAAAAAGAUAGCCAGGCCUUGUGGCGGGCACCUGUAGUCCCAGCUACUUAGGAGGCUGAGGCAAGAGAAUGCUUAAGCCCAAGAGUUUGAGGUUGCUGUGAGCUGCGAUGCCAGCAACAAAGAAGGUUGAGGGCAUUCUACUGAGGGCAACAAAGUGAGACUCUGCCUCAAAAUAAAUAAAUAAAUAAAUAUAAAAAUAAAAAUAAAAAUAGAAGACAGGGUCCCCCAACCCCAGGCAUUGUGGUGGGUACCUUUAGUCCCAGCUACUCAGAAAGGUUGAGAGAAUCACUUGAGCCCAUGAGUUUGAGGUUGCAUUGAGCUAUGAUCAUGCCACUACACUCUAACCUGGUUGACAGAGUGAGACUCUGUCUCAAAAAAAAAAACAACAAAUCUUAUUGAAUUGAGGGCAGGAAGGAGUGAGGAAUGAUGGUUUGAUGACAAGGAAGAGGCAAGGAAAGGAUAAAUAGCAAGAACUCUGGAGGCCCAGAAACUUGGGGAGAUGGAGAUGGCUAUGGCAAAGAAUGGGAAUGACACUGAGAGUGAGCAAGAGGUAGGAGAGAGAGGUGGGUCUUUAUGAGGUGUAGUGCCCAAAUGUCCAGUGUGGCACCUUCUCUGUUGCUGGCAAUGGCUUGGGCCCUUGGCUGGCUAUGGGCCCAGACAGCAUGCUUCCUCCAGGUCAUCAUGGCCUUGUCAGGUGUCUUCAUUCCUUCAGUCUCAAUCUUAGCCGCUUGUCAUUCCCCACAUGCUUGAGGUAACCUUUUUGUGGGCUUUCCUGUAAAUCUGAGUCAUCUGAUGGGUAGGUAGUAGACAUGGAGGGGCCAGAGGCAAGCUGUUCUCUACAUGGUGCAAUGGCCUGGACCAAAAGCUGUUGUGGCAAGAGGAAGCACAGAAAACUUGUCAUUGCCCCAAAGCCAUGUUUCAGGUUUCUCUACCAGGGAAGUGAGUGAUACCUGCCUACAAGAGGGACAAUGGACGGCAUGUCAUUGGGCCCCAUUCUUAAGCCAGAGAUUCAGCCUACCAUGCCAAAAAUCCUCUGGUUAUUGCAAUCACCCCAGGAUGGUCCUGGGAUAGUAAAGGGGGCACACCCUGCUGACACUAGCCAAGGAGAAAGGGAUGAGCCAUCUGGUGAGUACAAAGGACCCUGCAAAACAUGUGACCAAUAAUUGAAGUAAACCUGUAUCAAUUAAGGCCUUCAUCAGCACACAUGCUCCUCGGGCAUAGACUGGGCCAGACUCUACAUAGGUCCUGGGGACAAAGUAAGGAACAAAACAGACAUGGUCCCUAUCCUCAUGAGGCUCAUGGGCUAGUGGGAGAGAGAUAGCAAACAAAUGAACAAAUGGGUACACAGAUUUGAGAGUGUAAAAAAAGUAAAGCAGGGGGAUGCAGAGAGUGGUUUGGGUGUGGGACAGAUGCAGCUGAGAGGGUCAGGGGAAAUUCUGGGGCUGGGUGGCACUGAGCCUGGAGACAAGCAAAGAGCAGGAGCUGACCAUGCAGAUGACUUGGGAAAGGGAUGUCCCAGGUGAAAGGAACUACCAAUGCAAUAGCCUGGGGGCAGAAACAAACCUGGAGUGGCUGCCCAGAAGGAGUGGGAAGGGCAGUGCACCUCUUCAGAGUUUAGCAGGAGAGUGCCAUGAUGUGAGACACAUUUCUAAGGGAUGCACCUGUAAGCUGGGUGGGGAUGGCCCUAUGAGGGCGGGCCUAAAGACAGGAGACAAGAGGAGGUAUAG